AUGGAGCGCCGAAGCCUGGUGUCUCGUGGAAUGGCAGUGUUGGGAGCAGGAGGCGCCUGCACGCGGGAAGCCCACCUCCGGGACAACUCAGUUGUUAGCCCCGAUGCCAUUGCCGAAGGCGCACGGCAGGAUUGCACAACAGGUCUGGCGAAGAACUUGCAGCCAAACGCUUUCAAGUAUCAUGUAGAUUUCAGCUCUGAUGUUCCGGGCGAAACUGCUGAGCUUUGGGUUGGUACUCCGUACGCGGCGUGGAUCGAAAGAGAUGUUCGCCGGCGACAUUCCAAGGAGCAUAUGGCGCAGAUAAACGAGCUUCAAGAACAGCUGCGGCAGGAGGUGCAGCGCCGUAGAGCGGUGGAGCAGGAGCUGGAGGAAGCCAGGGAGGAGUUGAAGAAGGUCCCAGAGUUGCAGGCAGCUCUGACCGAGAGCAGGCAGACCCUGAUGAAGUAUGUGGAGAAAGGCCUCGCUAUCAGCGGCCUGGGAAACAUACACGCGGUUUGUCGGAACAUCCUCCACCAGUGGCGAAGACACACAACAGUCAACACGAUUGACCGACUGCGCAGACGAACUCCCGACGUGGGGCGUUGCCAUUUCGAGCUGCUUCAGUUGCAUGAGCAGGGCCUCGAGCAUCUCAAGGCUGUGCAGGUUGACAUGUUGAAUGCUGUCACACGUUUCAUGGACAAAGAUGCCAUGAUCAUCCCAGAUCGCGAAGAACCGGAUGAGGCUCUUCGGAUGUCUUUUGCACUCUGGGACGGUGCGUUGGUUGAAGCCGUUGAUGUCAACUGGGAGUGCGAGCUGUGGCAUUUGCCGCCAGUGGGGGAAGGCCACCGCUCCAGGGCUGGCCUGGCCUUGGGCAGCCUUGGCCGUCGCCUGGCUGCUGGCCUUUCACCGAUAUCAGCUGACGAGAAUCUGAUGCCAGACUGGGAGCGCGGCACAUGGCAGGAAAGCCUUCUAAAUCUGUCUGGGCACGAGGUCAAACUCCGAAAGCUGCCGCUUAAGCCCUUGCCGCGCACGGGCAGCGAGAGAGUGCGCAGGAGCUCGGGUCAUGAACGCCUGCCAGACGAGUUCAUGCCGAGGGUGGGGCCUUCAGCGAGGGUGUCCCAGCCGCGCACCAUGCACAGAGCACAGACUCGAAGCUUGGGCGACUCGGCGGAGUUUGUUCGGACAAAGAUGACGUCCGAUGUCGUGGAAUGCUUCUACUUUGACAGCGGGCCACUUGCAGAGCUCAACAACCAGGUGUCUAAGUCUAAGCCGUAUGCCACGCCCUUCUCGCCGAAGUCUAAUGCUGCCUGGAGGAAGCUGAAGGAGCUCUGCCUCACGGAAGAUGGGCAGUGCGUUCGCUGUGCUUCAACAGGCGGCUCAACCUGUGAUGAUGGCGCUUCGCUCGGGUCAACACUCGAAACUUGCAUCACCCAGCAGCCGACCCAAGCCAUGGAUUCCUGGUUCGACUCAGUGCCUGACUGGACAAGACAGGCCCAGAGUGUGACCAUCGGCGACACAUUGGACUCCAAGUGCCUGGAGGUCGAGUCCUUUUCGAUGAACAGGAAUCUGGUGGAGCACGGGCUACCCCUCAUGCUUCGCGUCCCUGAAAUCGGCAGCAGAUUUUCCGAGUACUUCGUCUGUGUGCAUAAGGGGGGCGAGAACUUCAGUCUGCUAGACAGGAGGAUCAGCCGGGAGAAACACAACUUCCACUACGCCUGGGAGGACGUGAGCAUCUAUCACUACAUCCAAUCCCUCUUGCCUCAGGACGAGAGCAGCUCGGAGGUGGCAGCCGAACGCCCGGCGCAGGCCCUGAAGAAUUACUACACUGAUGAGGUGGUGCGGUGUACUUUCAGCGAUAAAUGCAACCCUCGUCAGAUAGACCUCAUGUUCAGGACGAAGCAGGCUCUGCAGUGCUGGGUCCACCUCAUGCAGUCGAAGCUUCUGGCCAAGAUGUCCCAGGAAGCUUGGACUUCAGUUUCAGGGCUGUAG